UCUCCCCCGCGCUGUCGUUUCCACAUUCUUUAUAGCCCGCAGAUUCCAGAGCGUCUGCAGAAGCCCCUCCUUACCCCCACACACACACCUCUUCCCACUACUCGGCGGCCAACUUCAACGUAGAACCGGCUACUCACUACCCAUGCCAUACACCACGCUCUCUCACUCGCCGUCGUCGACGCAGACCGACCUCACACGGGGCGACACGCGCGACACUCGCUACACCCACGACACACGCUACACGACGUCCAUCUCGAUGCGCGACUCGAUGUCCACAUCGCACGGGUCGGCGACCACCCCGAGCCCGAGGUCCGACUCGCUGCCACCCCAGCACCACCACCACUACUACCUUGACCGCGAGGCCGCUGCCGAGCGCGAGCGCGACCGCGACGAUGCCAAGAGCAUCAUCAGCCUGGGCAAGAAGAAGAGCAAGUCAAAGAACAAGGACAAGUACGCCCGCAAGGUCGUUCCUCUUGAUGGCGACCAGCCAGUCACCUUCCCCGUCUCGCUCCUCAUCCAGCCCCCCGUCAACAUCCCCGCCGUGUGGCCAUCCGAUGCUGAGCGCCACGCCCUCGACUCGUUCAGACGAUACUUUUCCACCACCGGCUACUCGCUCCCAUGUACCGAGGGCACUGUCGGCACCGCGCCACUCACUGAACGCGAGAUGAUGUUUCUCUCUCAAGAAAUGUUGUUGAGAUUUCUCAGGGCCAACCACGGCGAGAUCGGCGCAACCAUCCAGAAGAUUGAGAAGACGAUUGUCUGGCGCCGCACUAUGCGCAUGGACGACAUGUACACGCAGGCAAAGAUGUUCCAAGAGGAGCUCAAGAGCGGCAAGUACAUCGUGCAGGGCUUCACAAACGAUGGACGGCCAGUGUUCUACAUGUUCACGGGGCGCAACGACAUGCCCACAGAGGCAAGGAGGCCACUGGUGAUUCUCUUCAUGAUCGAGCGCGCUAUGGACCUCAUGGCCGACGGCGUAAGCAACAUUACCUUCAUUGUCGACUUCAACGGCAAGCGCUCCGAUUCGAUCUCGUCAUCAGUAUCGCUCACCCGCGCCACCCUCAAGCUCAUGAACAAGUACUACCCCGAGAUCUGCCACUGCGGUAUUCUGCAAGGUGCUUCGUGGAUCACGCGCGCGUUCGCCGGGCUCGUCAACAAGGUUAUCGACUUCAAGGUCAACUACAAGCUGUGCGGCGGUUACGCCGCCAAGUACACCAACGCAGACCCAGACAACCUGCUCGGAGAGGUCGGCGGUAACCUUGACAUCCCGUACCACCACCCGUCCUACUGGCCUACGCUUCUGGCGACGUGCGAGUCGAACCGCGUCAAGAACCUGCGUCGCUGGCGUGACCUUGGCGACCCUUCUGUCGGUCGCUCCGAGCGGCUCUUCAAGACGGGCAACUCGUGGUAAGCCAGCCAAGCCAAGCCAGUCGGUUUGCCUGUCUGGUCUACCCCACAACAAAAAUGGUGAAACCCAAUCGCCUUUGGGUCCGAUCAAACUCGUCACGCCCACCGCGCCAUGUCAAUCGCAACGCCAGCCUUGCCCACAAGGCGUCGUCCCGGCAAUGUACGACCCCGCAACAUCUACAUCUCUGCCACAUCAUCAAUCAUCAUCACGACUGUAUCACAACACGCCGCCCUCACGAUCGCCGCCGGCACGGCGCUUCGUCCCGCCGCACACACUAAUAUGGUUUCACUUCUAAACCGAACCAACCCUUGUGCGGUAGCUGCAUCUCUGCCCCGACCGUAAUGCGACCCUACGACAGCUUGUUUACUGGUCUGGGAGCCACUGGCCAUGCCCAGUCAACGAGCUCAUCCCCACAAAACACUGCUCGGCCAAACCUUGCUCCGAGUUUCAUCCUAGCCGGCCUCCCCUCGUCCCUCUCACUCUAGUCAUUCGCUAUUAUCGCUGCUGUCGUUCCGGCCCUAAUGUGUCAUGUAAACUAUAUCUGCC